AUGAAGACGUUAACAGUGGUUUUAGUUAUGACAGUACUUGGUAUACAAAUAUCAGGGUACUUAAUACAAGUGCCUACUGCACCUCCGGUAUUGUUCAGAGAUCCUGUUCCUUCGCAAUGGCUACACUUACAAAAAUUGAUGAUUCCUCUACUCGAAAAUGUUUGCGAAGACAGUACCAAUCCCGACGUACGAAAACUAGCUCAAGACUUUACAAUAAACACGGCAGACUACUUGGAACCAAAUGCAAUUACAAAUUUGCAAAAGCUUAUGUCAGCUGGCUUAUUGCCCAAGGGAGAAAUUUUCAGUGAAUACAAUCCUGAACAUAUGAAGCAAUUGAAAUUUGUUUACGAAGCAUUUUACUCCGCCAAAAACUUCGUUGUGUUUUACAAAGUCGCUGCUUGGGCAAGACAAAAUAUAAACUGUGGACUUUAUGUGAAUGCUAUCUACAUGGUGAUACAAAGCAGAAAAGAUAUGGCCAAGUUAUCCAUACCAGCCCCGUACGAAGUAUUACCAAACUAUUUUGUACGUAAAGAUGUACUGAUCAAAGCAACUUCCAUCCUAAGUGGCCAAGAAGUAACUCCAACAGAAGGUCUUCGUGAUGAAGGAAACGCAUACUACUUAGAUGCAAAUUACACCGGUAUAUUCUACAACAACGACGAUGAUUCAAAGUUGGCCUACUUCCGUGAAGAUAUUGGCUUGAAUUCCUAUUACUAUUUGAGAAAACUGAGAUUGUCUCCAUUUUAUAAAGGUGAUAUUAAUGAGAGAUAUGGAGAAAAUAUUUACCAAAUGAUGAAACAAUUUAGUGCGAGGUAUAAUUUGGAAAGGUAUGCUAGUGGCUUUCCGGAGAUAGAUCCUAUUGACUGGAAUGAUCUACCUGAUAUACCUUAUGAUCCUGAAUUAGUUUACUCAGACGGAAAGGAGUUCAAUCAUAGAACAAUGCCUCUAGAAUUUCCAGCAAACGAUGAAAUUACUUUGUUGCAAACUAUAGAAAAUAAUGUAGCAGCUGUCGUCGGCCAUAUGCGCCAGAGUGGAUAUAAUAAAACACAGAUAUUAAAUCAUUUAAUGGAAAUCCUAGUCACGGGAGAGCGGAGUUAUGAGACAUUGGCUCGCCAGCUCCUUGGCAAAGAUCGUACCAACAACGGACACGUCUCGGUACUGGAGCACUACAUGACUUCACUGCGGGAUCCAAUGUUUUGGAAGAUUAACAAGAAAAUAGUCGACCUCGUGGAUAGUGCUCUAAAACUGUUACCCACAUACUCUAGAAACGAGCUGUACUUCCCUGGAGUAGAGAUCGUAAAUAUUGACGUGAAAAAGAUGAUGACAGCGUAUGAUUACUUCGAGUUCGACGUUACUGACGCACUAAAAUUAGACGAUAAUAAGUCGGCUUUCAACGUUAAAAUAGGUCAACCUAGAUUAAAUCAUAAGCCGUUUACAGUCAAACUUAACAUAUCUUCUUUGGUAUCUAAAAAAGGGUUAGUUAAAAUUUAUUUAGGACCUAAGCUAUUACCUGGAGAAUUAGCUGCUAAAAAGAAUCUUUUUACAUUACUUAACGUCUUUGAAGUGAACCUUAAAAUAGGAACAAAUGUAAUAUCCAGAACAUCUGAUGAUAUGAAACACUUCUCGUCCGACUUUGCGUCAGUAAAAACUAUCCGUAAAAAUAUAGAAGAUGCUGAAUUUGGUUUGAAUUCUUUACCUUUAAAACGGAUCGAAGAUCAGAUCGGGUAUCCAACAAGACUUAUUUUACCAAAAGGUUUAUCUCAAGGGCUUCCUAUUCAAAUGUUUGUAUUUAUUGCACCAUUUACUAAAGCCAGUGUUAGCAAUUCAUACCCAUCAACUAACACAGAAUUCAAUUCUGCUAUUUUAUCACCUGGCUAUCCACUAGACUUGGUGGUUGAAGAUAAACAACUAUUUGGUUUACCUAACGCAUUAAUCAAGUAUAUUACAAUCACUCAAAAGGGUGAGAACAAAGUAGAAAACUAUGGAGGACCUGGUGUGACAAAGCAAUGGUAUGGUACUAACACUUACGAUCCAUCAGCUCGACCAAAUUACUCUGCAAAUACCCGUAAAACUUUUGAUUACAAUGCCAAGAAAGGACCUUCAAAAGAUGAUGAAAAUGGCGUGAGUGAAUAUGAUAUUGCUCCUGGAGAUACUGUCAAUUACAUCGAAGAGUCGUCAAAAGGAAGCUUUGUUCCCAAAGGAUCGAAUGAUCAUAAUACCAAUGUUGAUACAGUGCGCUCGUUGAACUUUAUGAAGUUCGAUACAGUAGUGCCAAACAACAAUGCAGAGAUAACAAAAUUAGAGAAAAAAGAUGAUAAUGCCAAACAAGUUGACAAGGAUAACUAUACCACUGUAAAAAACGAAGAAAUUGAUAAAGACGUGGUCGUUCCUGAGAUAACAGAAAUUGUUCCUGAUAGUGAAAAUCAAAACCAAGCAAUGUUAACUAUACCACGUCUGCUUAAACUAUCAAGUUAUGACUAUGCAUCCAGCGCUAAAUCGUUCGAUUAUAAAACAAAAAAAAAUCAAUUUGACAAGAAAGAUUACACUUCAAAAAGAGGAGAUUACAAGAAAUAUAACUCAUAUACACCACCCCAGGAAGAGGAAAACUUGCUUACUACUACCUCGGCUGCUUUUAUAAAGGAAGAUGUCGUAAAUGAUGGAGAGAUGGUCGAAAUGUUACUAGACCAACCAUCGUAUCAACCAAAGAAUGUAGACUAUGCAUCUAAGGGAAAAGAGCCAUAUGAUUAUAAAACUAAGAAAGCGCAAUUUGAUAAGAAAGAUUAUUCAGAAAAAAGAGGAGAUUACAAGAAAUAUCAUUCAGUUAAUAAACUUAUAGAUGAAGAAUAUCGUGUAACUACUGCAACUGCAACUUUGAUUAAAGAAGAUGUUAUUAACAAUGAACAAAACGCUGACUUAUUAUUGGAAAAGUCAUCGUUUUAUCCAAAAAAGGACUACGCUUCUAAAAGGAAGGAGCAAUAUGAUUACAAAGCAAAGAAGGCGCAAUUAGAUAAACAAGAUUAUUCUGCAAAAAGAGGAGAUUACUUUAAAUACCGUACUUUGCCAACAAAAGAAGAAAAAGUGAGCACAGAAUCCGUUAAUAUCAUGCUUGAACCUACAAAUGAUGUUAUAGCAAGAGUUCAACUAGAAAGAGAUGAUAACAAUGUAGAUAUGCUUAGUGAAAUUAAAGAGAAUAACGCAAAUGAAGAAAAUAACGAUAAUUUUCCGAAAGAUGUCGUUGAUACUAAAGACACUGAUGAUGACCAGAAGAUGGCCAUGCUGCGCAAGGCCUUCCAGAUGUUUGACACCACCAAGUCGGGAUACAUCGAUGUCCUGAAGAUCUCAACCAUCCUCAACACCAUGGGCCAGCUCUUCGAUGACUCUGAGCUGCAGGCUCUCAUCGAUGAGAAUGACCCAGAAAACUCCGGCAAGAUUAACUUCGAUGGCUUCUGCAACAUUGCUUCCCACUUCUUGGAGGAGGAAGACGCCGAGGCUAUGCAACAGGAACUGAAGGAAGCCUUCAGGUUGUACGAUCGUGAAGGAAACGGAUACAUCACCACCUCAACUCUUAAGGAAAUUCUGGCUGCCCUUGACGACAAGCUUAGCUCAAGUGAUUUGGACGGCAUCAUCGCUGAAAUUGACACUGACGGAUCCGGAACCGUCGACUUCGAUGAAUUCAUGGAGAUGAUGACUGGAGACUAAGCAAAUCGUCGUUCACUAUUAAUUUAUAGUAUUAUUAUGUUUAGAUGCUAUUUUUAUUGUAUUUAAAAAUUAAGACUUUGAUACUAGUACAAAACCAAAUGCGGUAUUAGCAUGGUUGUUUAAUUAAUUUGCACAUUUUACUCUAUCUUAUAGAUAGGCACUUGAUUAAUUUUAAUAGUCUACAAGGGUAGGCCAGGAAUAAAUCGAGUUCGUUCCAAAGAAUUAUUUCCGGAAUAAUUUACACGUAACGAGCUCUCAACCAAUUGUAUGCUAAUAUUUAUAACGCAAAGCACUAUAUUAAAAAAAACUCAUGAUUACAAAACACCAAUACACAAAACAACAG